GAGAUCUCAUACAAACUUUUCCAAUAUCAAUAAUUUUAUCUCUUCUAACAUACAUAAAACUUUGUUGAAAAUAUCAUCUAUUGUUCUCUAACCACAACCAUUAUUUUUUCACAUACAGUUUUCUUACUCUUUUCAGAGAAUAAAGACCGAGUCCAUGGCAUCUCCUUCUCCUUCUUCUUCUUCUUCGGCUAGAUGGAGCUAUGAUGUUUUCCUAAGUUUUAGAGGUGAAGAUACUCGGAAAACGUUUACAAGUCACUUAUACGAAGUCUUGAAGGAUAGGGGAAUAAAAACCUUUCAAGAUGAAAAAAGGCUAGAGUACGGUGCAACCAUCCCAGAGGAACUCUCUAAAGCUAUAGAAGAGUCUCAAUUUGCCAUCGUCGUUUUCUCGAAGAAUUAUGCGACAUCGAGGUGGUGUUUGAAUGAACUAGUGAAGAUCAUGGAAUGCAAGACUCAAUUUAGACAAACUGUUAUACCGAUAUUCUAUGAUGUGGAUCCAUCACAUGUUCGGAACCAAAAGGAAAGCUUUGCAAAAGCCUUUGAAGAACAUGAAACAAAGUAUAAAGAUGAUGCCGAGGGAAUACAAAGAUGGAGGAUUGCUUUAAAUGCAGCGGCCAAUCUCAAAGGCUCAUGUGAUAAUCGUGACAAGAGUGAUGCAGAUUGUAUUCGGCAGAUUGUUGGCCAAAUCUCAUCCAAAUUAUGCAAGAUUUCUUUAUCUUAUCUGCAAAACAUUGUUGGAAUAGAUACUCAUUUAAAGAAAAUAGAAUCCUUACUCGAGAUAGGAAUCAAUGAUGUUCGGAUUGUGGGAAUCUGCGGAAUGGGUGGAGUCGGUAAAACGACAAUAGCAAGAGCUAUGUUUGAUACUCUCUUAGUAAGAAGGGAUAGUUCCUAUCAAUUUGAUGGUGCUUGUUUCCUUGAGGAUAUUAAAGAAAACAAAGGUAGAAUAAAUUCUCUGCAAAAUACCCUUCUCUCUAAACUGUUAAGGGAAAAAGCUGAGUACAAUAAUAAGGAGGACGGAAAGCACCAAAUGGCUAGUAGACUACGUUCUAAGAAGGUCCUAAUUGUGCUUGAUGACAUAGAUGAUAAAGAUCAUUAUUUGGAGUAUUUAGCAGGUGACCUUGAUUGGUUUGGUAAUGGCAGUAGAAUUAUUGUAACAACUAGAGACAAGCAUUUGAUAGAGAAGUUUGGUAUACAUCUAGUGACUGCUCUAACUGGUCAUGAAGCUAUUCAAUUGUUCAAUCAAUAUGCUUUUGGGAAAGAAGUUUCAGAUGAGCAUUUUAAGAAGCUUUCAUUGGAGGUAGUAAAAUAUGCUAAAGGCCUUCCUUUAGCCCUAAGAGUGUUGGGUUCUUCCUUACGUAAUAGGGGUAUAACUGUGUGGAAAAGUGCUAUAGAGCAAAUGAAAAAUAAUCCUAAUUCAAAAAUUGUUGAAAAUCUCAAAAUUAGUUAUGAUGGAUUAGAGCCCAUACAACAAGAGAUGUUCCUAGAUAUAGCAUGCUUCUUCCGAGGGAAAGAAAAAGGUGCCAUCAUGCAAGUUCUUAAGAGUUGCGAUUGUGGAGCUGAAUACGGAUUGGAUGUCCUAAUUGAAAGAUCUCUUGUGUUCAUCACUAAAUACAGUAAAAUUGAAAUGCAUGACUUAAUACAAGAAAUGGGUAGAUAUAUAGUGAACUUGCAAAAGAAUCUGGGAGAAUGCAGCAGACUAUGGCUCACCAAGGAUUUUGAAGAAAUGAUGAUCAACAAUACGGGUACCAUGGCAAUGGAAGCAAUCUGGGUAUCGACCUAUAGUACACUACGCAUUAGCAAUGAGGCCAUGAAAAAUAUGAAAAGGCUUAGGAUAUUAUACAUAGACAAUUGGACGUGGUCCUCUGAUGGUUCCUAUAUUACCCAUGAUGGCUCAAUUGAGUAUCUGUCCAACAACUUGCGUUGGUUUGUUUUGCCUGGCUAUCCUCGUGAGUCAUUGCCAUCUACAUUUGAACCCAAAAUGCUUGUCCAUCUUAAACUCUCUGGUAAUUCAUUGCGUUAUUUAUGGAUGGAAACAAAGCAUUUGCCGUCUCUGCGGAGGAUAGAUCUCAGUCGGUCUAAAAGACUAAUGCGAACACCAGAUUUCACGGGGAUGCCAAAUUUGGAGUACUUGGAUCUGACUUGGUGUUCUAAUCUUGAAGAGGUUCACCAUUCCCUGGGGUGUUGCAGAAAACUCAUUCGGUUAGAUUUGUAUAAUUGUAAAAGCCUUAUGAGGUUUCCAUGUGUUAACGUGGAAUCUCUUGAAUAUCUGGGUUUAGAAUAUUGCGAUAGUUUAGAGAAAUUUCCAGAAAUCCACAGGAGAAUGAAGCCGGAGAUACAGAUUCACAUGGGAGACUCUGGGAUAAGGGAACUGCCAUCCUCUUAUUUUCAGUACCAAACUCAUAUUACCAAGCUAGAUUUGAGCGGUAUAAGAAACCUUGUAGCUCUUCCAAGCAGCAUCUGUAGGUUGAAAAGUUUGGUUCGUCUAAAUGUGUGGGGUUGCCCAAAACUGGAAAGCUUGCCAGAAGAGAUAGGGGAUUUAGACAACUUGGAGGAGCUUGAUGCCAAAUGUACUCUAAUUUCACGACCUCCGUCUUCCAUCGUACGCUUGAACAAACUUAAAAUCUUGAGCUUUAGCAGUUUCGGAUAUGAUGGAGUGCACUUUGAGUUCCCUCCGGUGGCUGAAGGAUUACACUCUUUGGAACAUCUGGAUCUCAGUUACUGCAAUCUAAUAGAUGGAGGACUUCCGGAAGAUAUUGGAUCCCUAUCCUCUUUGAAAGAAUUGUGUCUCGAUGGAAAUAAUUUUGAGCAUUUGCCUCGAAGCAUAGCCCAACUUGGCGCUCUUCAAAUCUUGGACUUAUCAGAUUGCAAGAGGCUUACACAGUUGCCAGAACUCCACCCUGGAUUAAAUGUAUUGCAUGUAGAUUGUCAUAUGGCUCUAAAAUUUUUUCGUGAUUUGGUAACAAAGAGAAAGAAACUACAGAGGGUGGGACUUGAUGAUGCACACAAUGAUUCUAUAUAUAAUUUAUUUGCACAUGCCCUGUUUCAGAAUAUCUCUUCCUUGAGGCAUGACAUCUUUGCUUCAGAUUCCUUGUCCGAAAGUGUGUUUUCCAUUGUGCAUCCUUGGAAGAAGAUCCCAAGUUGGUUCCACCAUCAGGGAAGGGAUAGUAGUGUAUCAGCCAAUUUGCCUAAAAAUUGGUAUAUACCUGAUAAAUUCUUGGGAUUUGCUGUAUGUUACUCUGGCAGAUUAAUUGACUCCACAGCUGAAUUGAUUUCCGUAUGUGAUGACGUGAUAUCGUGGAUGACCCAGAAACUUGCCUUAUCAAACCAUUCAGAAUGGGAUACAGAAUCUAACAUUCAUUUUUUCUUGGUACCUCUUGCUGUCUUAUGGGAUACAUCUAAGGCAAAUGGAAAAACACCAAAUGACUAUGGACUUAUUAGGUUAUUUUUUUCUGGAGAAGUGAAGAAGUAUGGACUUCGUUUGUUGUAUAAAGAAGAUCCUGAGGUUGAGGCCUUGUUACAAAUGAGGAAAAAUAACAAUGAACCAAUAGAACAUUCCACUAGGAUAAGGAGGAUCCGAUAUAACAAUAGUGAACACGACUUCAUGAUCAAUGAAGCCAGUUGCUCCUCGGGUAAGAAACAAAAGUCACAUUUCUAAUUUUCAGGGGAACUCUGUCUUUGAGAAUCUGCAGCAACUUUGCAGCUCUUUCCUACAAACCCCGGAUUUUAGCUAAAAUACAGGAGCUCAUCAAUGUCUUCUUUGUGAUGUACAUUGAUGAGGGAAACGGAGAUGAAGUAAUAAAUGGCCCACUGUUUCAAUUAUGGAUGCCAGAAAGUUAAUCUUCCAUGUUGAAAAGAUGUCAAAAGUGCAGGCAACCCAUUUUCAGUUGAUAUCAGUGUUUUCAAAGGCGUGUUUAAGCCCUGAAGUGAGGCGCAAAACAUGUUGAGCGCUUCGCCUAGCUUAGAGGGUGCUUCAGUGUCGUUAUCAAGGCUCUAAGGGAGGUCAGGAAAAAGCUAAAACAAUUGACGGCUUUGUGGUAGACUGUGGAAAAAGUUGAGUACGAGAUGAAGUUGAGGAAGUCUAUCAAAAACAUUUUGAGGAAUGACGUCAAAAUGUCAACCCGAUUCCUAGGAUGGUAGCUCAACCCAAGUAUCACUCAAUGACAUAGCUUCAAUAUGGUCGCAGGUGGUUGGUGGCGCAAAGAAAGGUAGAACCUAUGGUCUUGGAUUACAAAAUUCAGUAGGGCGUUCUACGACAUUGUUGAUUGAUGAUGCGAGUUAUUCGCAGAAUCAUGAAGAGGUAGAAGAAUGAAAAGAAGUUGAAGAGUUGAUUGAGGAACGGAAAGAUGAUCACACAAAUUUUAACAAAUUGCAGAGUCUAAUGGAGAAACUUAUGAGCACGCGUCAAUUUGAUCCUUUGAAUGGAGAGGAUGACAAGGAUAAUGAGUUUUAGUUUGCUGUGGUUAUGAUGUUUGAGACAUUAUUAUUUGUUGUGGUUGGAUGUUUGGACUUGGUAGUAUUUACACUUGACUUUGAUUGUAAUGUUUUAGACUAGAUUGAAUAAUGUUUAACUUGUGUUUGGUUGUUUUA